AUGGAAGUCGAGAUCGAGCAUGUUGAGCUCGGGUUCAUCAAUGAGCUGAACAAGAACAUAUGUGGGCUGCAAGUUGAGGGCAAUCUGAUGUGCUUUGCGCUGCGGACUGGUUCGCUGUUUCUCAUUGACCUCGAUACUCCUUCAAAUGUGAUACGAUGUCAGAUACCGCUGGUUCGGGAUGGCGGCGUUAACGCUGAGAAAGUGCUUAAGAUAUGGCUCAAUCCUUCCCGGAGUUUGAUUCUGGUAAAGACCAAUUUUGCCAAAUACUACCUCUGUGAUGUGGAUGUAAUUGUAAAGACAAAUGGUGAAAGUAUGACUCAGAAUGCUAUUGCUAGUGUGAAACAGCUAAGCAAGAAAAACUGUGACGUUAGAUCUGUUGCAUGGGUUCGCAAUGCUAAGGCAACUGGUAUGCACGAUAAGUUUAAUCUGCUUAUAGGAACAGCUCGAGGACAAGUUUACUACAUAGAGAUCAACUCCAAAUUAUCAGAACAGAAUGCUACAUUGCUAUAUGAAUCCCCUGACUCAAUAGAUGGUAUAUAUUGGAAUGAUGCAAACGGUGAUAUAAUUAUAGCAUCAAAGAAUAAACUCAUCUACUGGGAUGGUCUUCAAAGUUCCAGCAACAACAACAAAAACGAUCGAGAGAUUAGUCCCAAAAUAACACUAUCGAAGAAGCGCAAAUCGAACGAAGUAGAAGAGUAUGAACACAUGCAUAUGGAAUACACAAAUAAGUUUGCCGUAUAUAAAAAUUCAUUUGCUUGGGUAACGGAAAGUGGCAUAGUGUUUUCUAAUGUAGAGCAAGUCAAGAAAUCGAAUAAGAAAGUCCUGGGUUCAUCAAAGGUUAUCCUCAAUGUAGAGCUUCCUAAUUCAAAGAAACCUAUCAGGGAUAUAAUACUUUCUGACUAUCAUAUCUUGAUCUUAAGAGAAUCAUCCAUUACAAUAGUAAAUCAAUUGGAUAACAGUGUUAUUUAUAACCAAUCGAUAUGGAGUAAUGAUAAUGAGCAUAUAUUAGGAUUUGCAUCUGACGUACACUAUAAACAGGCCACAUUUUGGUGUUUCUCAGCCUCAAAUAUUUUCGAAAUUAUAUUGAAGAAAGAAUCUAAUUCCGUGUGGAGAUUGUUAUGUGAUCAACAGAGAUAUGAUGAUGCCCUCAAUCUUCAAGAUUUAUCAUUGUUUGAACAAAGUUCAAUUCAAUAUCUAAAGGGGAUGCACUUGCUGGAAGAAAAUGUUUACUCUGAUGCUGCAAAGUGUUUUGGCAAAUCUGAUACGGUUUCCAUUCCUGAAAUAGCAUUAAAAUUAUUAGAUGGUGAUGAUGGCAUGUUGAAAAUCGGGGAGCAGAAGCUAAAUGCAUUGCAGUUUUUUCUAAGUGAAAAACUACUGAAUUACCGUCAUAAGGACUCCUUAAAAUACACAAUAAUACUUGAUUGGAUUAUGUGGAACUAUGUUAGAUUAUUUUGUUUGAUAGACGAGAAAGCUUGUUCAGAAAGGGAACCAGAUAGACUAAAAUAUUGGGACCAAAGGAAAGAAGAAAUUUCAGCCAGCGUAAAGAAACUCAUUGAUGAUAAUAUUAACCUUUUGGAAAGAGGGACUUUUUAUCAACUGUUGGAAAAGUCAGGUAGGAGAAUAGAACUGCUUUACUUGGCUGAGAAACUAAAUGAUCAUCAAUAUUUGAUGAAUUACUGGAUUAGAAAUGAAAAUUGGUACGAAUCUUUGAAAGUUCUUCAAAAGGCAAAAGAUCCUCAAUUGGCUUACAAGCACGCAAAUAUACUUUUAGUCAACUGUUCACAGUCUACUAUAAAUACAUGGAUGACUAUGGAGAAUCUAAACCCAGUCUUUCUUAUAGAUGCAAUACUGACUUAUUUUUCAAUUUACCAGAAAUCCACAAAAGGGUCAAAAGUCUUACAAGAAAAUUACGCUUUGACAUAUUUGAAAUGGUAUGUUGGUAAUAAUGACGUGAAUGACAAGAUCAUUUACAACACAAUAGUAUAUAUGAUGAUAACAACGCCCAUAAUCCAAGAGGGAAAUGACGCUAUGCAAACUGAUCAUAAUAAUGAUAAUGACGUGAUAGAAUUCAUGGAAAACUACAGUAGUAAGUCUCAUCUGGAGUUUGUCCUCAGAUUGAGCUUGAAGUUUGAGAGAAUAAAAGUAGCAAUAUAUUUAUUGAAAUUAUCAGAUCAGUAUGAAGAUGCAGUAGAUUUAGCAUUAUCAAAUGGAUUAGUAGAUGAAGCAAAGGAAAUUGCCAAUAUGGAAUCUCUUGCCAAGGACUUCACAAUCAAAAGAAAACAUUGGAUAAAAAUUGCACAAGUUGUACUAUCUCAACACUUAGAGAAGCCGGAUAUAAAGCAGAACAUCAGGAGUAUUAUAAGAGAAUCAGAAGGUACUGUCAAGAUAAAUGAUUUGUUGCCGUUUUUCAAUGAAUUUACUACGGUGGCUAAUCUGAAAGAUGAGCUUGUCCGGAGUCUAGAAGAGCACAACCAUGAAAUUAUUACAAUUCGCGAUAAGAUUAAGCACUCGUUAGAGCUUAAGAAGGACAUUAUCCAUGAGACAGAAAAGUUUAAGGAGAGGUAUAGAAUAUUAGAACCUGGUAAAUCUUGUGAUCAAUGUCAAAAAAUGCUACAAACACGUAAGUUCUUGGUAUUUCCAUGUGGUCAUUGUUUCCACACAGACUGUCUAAUAAGAGCCAUUCUAAGCUCAAACGACUACAAUUUGAAAGGAAAAAUUGAAAAUUUCCAGAAGAGAUUGAAUAAAGACCGUAAAUCUGUGAAUCCAAAGGAAUUAGAAGAACUAAUGGCAACCAAAUGCUGUUUAUGUAGUGACAUUGCCAUCAACAAGAUAGAUGAGGCAACAAUAGAUGACAAGGAACGCUCUCAAUGGGUUAUAUAG